AUGAAGAUCCCAACCCUACUCCAUCUCAUCCUUCUGCUUCUGCCUCUGCUUGCAGCUGUUUCCACUGCUAAAGAUUUCGAUUUCUUCUACUUUGUUCAGCAGUGGCCGGGGUCCUACUGUGACACCGCGAAGAGUUGCUGCUAUCCCACGACUGGAAAGCCAGCUGCCGACUUCGGAAUCCAUGGCCUUUGGCCCAACUACAAUGAUGGCUCUUACCCAUCCAACUGUGAUCCGGAUAACUCUUAUGAUGAAUCCAAGAUUAAGGACCUGAUAACUGCCAUGCAAGCAGAAUGGCCAACCUUAGCAUGCCCGAGCGACGAUGGCUCGAAAUUUUGGUCGCAUGAAUGGGAGAAACACGGCACCUGCUCCGAGUCCAUCCUCGAUGAGCAUUCGUACUUUGAAGCAGCUCUUGACCUCAAGAAGCAAGUAGACCUCCUUCAAAUCUUAAAGAGCGCAGGAAUUAACCCAGAUGAUGGAUCCUACAGUGUGAGGAGCAUCUCUAGGGCCAUCAAGGAUGCAACUGGUUUCACCCCAGGGAUAGAGUGCAAUGUGGAUGAAUCUGGUAACACCCAACUAUACCAAGUUUACAUAUGUGUGGACACUAAUGGAAAGGAUCUCAUCGAGUGCCCUGUGUAUCCAAGAAGCAAGUGUUCUUCCAGUGUCGAGUUCCCUUCCUUCUGA